UCAAGUGACAAUGAUGUUGAUGAUGAGCACGUGUGUGGAUCGUGCCAAACAGGGUUUUUGGAAUUAGAAGACUUCCUGACACACAAGAAGACCUGCAUGACGAAACGAUUGAUGGCCACACUGGGGGAGCUUUCAUCCCCUAAAGAUGGGAAACAUAGUCCAGCGUCUGUCUUGAAUUCCGUUUCAGCAACAUAUGAUGACCAUUGGUCACAGAGGCAGGACUGUCGUGUAAAUAAAAUUAUCGGCAAAGUGGACUCUCUGAUGCAGUCCUUACCAGAUACAGAAUGCAAAGACUUCUUUCAUGAUAGGUCAUCCACAAAGUUUGAACAUAUUCAGGAGCCGACUCCAUCUUUGCUGAGAAAUAAUCUGUCUCGUUCAAUGGAUUCUAUGCAACAAGUGACGUCUUUUAAUAAUAGUCUUCUAAGUGUUCUACAAAAUUUGCAAAUGGCAGAACCUCGUAAAUCUUCUCCUUCUGCAAGAAGUCCUUGUGAACAACUGGAAGUUUUGCAGUCGGCGCUCUGUAACCUUCAACAUCAACAGUUUUUACAACUUCAGGUCAUUCGAGAACUGCAGGUUCACAUAACUCAUAGAAAUAUGUCAUCCGGUACAAGUUCUGAUGCAAAGGUUACUCCUUUCCAUCACUCCCUAAACUCAAUCAGUGGUUCCCUUCUUCAUCAACAAACACCUCCUCAUAAUCACAAGAGUGACAACUCUCUUCAUCAAACAACACCUCAAAACCACAAGAGUGACAACUCUAUUCAUCAAACACCAACUCAAGACCACAAGAGUGACAACUCUAUUCAUCAAACACCUCCUCAGAGUCACCAGGUUGACGUUUCUUGUGAAUCAAAUAAUCUUUCUGUCAGUCACCAAUGUACUGAGUCUUUGUUUCUAAAAGAACCAAACACGCUCGACCUUCUGCAAAGACAUACCGAAGAAGCUAUUCAGAAUACGAUGUUUGAAGGGCCUUUCUUGCUUAGAGGCCUGUCUGGAGUGGUACUCAACAAAGGUAUUAAAGGUCCUGAGAAAGGAACUGAAACCAGUGUAUUGGAAGAAGAACAAGGGUUUAAGAAAUCAGCACAGUGUCAACAUCAAUGUAAUUAUUGCAGGAAAGCAUUUGGAAGUGAUAGUGGCUUACAAAUACAUCUAAGAUCUCAUACUGGUGAGAGACCUUUCAAGUGUAACGUAUGUGGGAACCGUUUCUCAACUAAAGGUAAUUUGAAAGUCCAUUUUCAGCGGCACAAGGAUAAAUAUCCACACAUUGAAAUGAAUCCUAACCCAGUUCCCGAACAUCUCGACAAACUGUUUCCACUUCUGGAGCCUCAAAUUCCUCGCACGGAGUCCUCAGAACGCUAUGUGCUUCAAGAAAUGGGAAACAUUCAAAGAGUUAGUUGUUUUCCAUUAAGAAUGGUGGACACGCCAUCACAAUCUGCCUUCACAAGUACGAUAGAUAAAACAAUUCUGAAAACCUCAAGAGCUCCCACUGACGAAGUUACAACAAAUAUUAGAGAUAAUAAUUUCAAAUUCGGUUUGGAAACUGAUUCCUCAGAAAACAGUUUUCUUUCUAGCGAGAGCCCAUUUGACAAACAAAGUGUUAAUCCAGACCCUUGCCUUCCUAAUUCUUCACGUGAGUCCCAGUAUGAAGACGGUUUUGAAGACAUGGACACAGAAGAAGGUAAACCUGGAAAUUAUCUUUUGUCAGCAGAAAGUUCACUUUCACCACCUACAACUACAUCUGGCUUGAGUUUCUUUUCUUCCACUGUUUUAAAAGAUAGCCAAAUUUCUCAGCCAGAAUGCCACAACUCCGAAUUGACUGAAUUCCCAAUAAGGACUUCAAACAAAUCAGAACUAAUGUCAGCAAAUAAGAGUCAACCUGGUGAUUUAUCAUCUUAUCAAAACAUCUUGGUAAAACCGUUGGAGCAUCUCGUUCAGAAAUCAGAUGCAUCGGAAACGUCAAAGCUACAAACUCUAGUGGACAACAUUGAAACUAAAAUUAACACUGAUAAGUGUGAGUGUCGUAUAUGCCAUCAAUUAUUUAGUUGUAAAAGUUCUUUACAAAUGCAUUACAGAACUCACACUGGAGAAAGACCCUUUCUGUGUAAGUUAUGUGGAAGAGCUUUUACUACUAAAGAAAACCUGAAGGCUCAUAAGAGGCUACACAGAGUCGAAUCGGUAGAGGGAGUUUACGGCAGUAACUACCUAUGUGAUUUAAACAAUCAAAUCACGAGUUUAUCUGAAGCUAGCAGUGCGAGACUAGUUGAUGUUUAUCAUCCUGGUUUGUUGUUUUCUAACAGCAAGACUUCUGUUGUUCCUCCAGUUUCCGGAUCUCCAAAUUCUUCAAACCAAGUAUCUGACAAUUCAGAACAAUCUCGGUCACCAAUAAGCUCUAUUGAACCCUCGUUAGUCGAAAACGAUGAUAGAUUAAUUGAAGAUCUCGAAAACCCAAGUUUGAAUGAUAGUGACAAUAUCGUCGGCUCGUCCAGCAAAACCAAUCUAAAUCCUGAACAUUAUCCUCCAACUUCUAUUCAGACUGACAUGCCUCAAAAAGGAUGCAUACAAGAAACCUUACCAGUCCUAAAGAACCACAUAAAAACCACCAGCUAUAUACAAACUGAAGAACUUUAUCCUGGUUCAACCAACAUAUCACCUGCCCCAUCUUCAUAUAAUACAUCGAAUUUUGGAUUUCACACCAGUGAGAGGCCACUACCCCAAAGUGAAAACAGUACACUCAUUCAAACGGACCCUUUGUGCAGAAUGGCAAAAACAGGAAGCCCAGAAGUUCCCAAAGAAGACACACUUGGUGGUAAUUCAGUAGAACCACAAGAACCAUUGUUUAAGUCUACCCAACAUGCUGGGAUGCUAUUAGUAUCUCCAGACUCAUCGGGAUUCAGAUCCCUACCGUCGACUAUACAAUAUGAUCAUGCAAUCCUAGACAUCACACCUAAAUCUUGCAUAGCCUCAUCCUCUAGCGAACCAACAUUUUCAGUAUCAACAGCUGCAUUUUCUGGACUUCCCUUCCCCCCGACACCUGGAUUUAAUAAAACAACGUGUGGUGUUUGUUUCAAAACAUUCGCUUGUAGCAGUGCAUUAGCCAUCCAUAUUCGAAGCCACACCAAAGAACGCCCGUUCAGAUGUAAUCUUUGUGAUCGAGGAUUUACCACCAAAGGGAACAUGAAACAGCACAUGUUAACUCAUGACGUUGGAGAUAUUUCUACACAGAAUAACCCAGCAUCUUCUCCCUCCAGCUCCACAAGUUCAUAUACUGUGAAGAGUUUUCUCCCUACUUCUUCCAGUAGAAAUACUCAACCUGCAACUGACGACGUGAAAAAUAAAAGAACACAUGAAAAUGUCACGCCUCAGUCAUUACCUAAAAGACCAACGGGACUGUCAAAACAUGAAUGCCUUAUCUGCAACAGACCUUUUUCUAGUGGCAGUGCACUCAAUAUUCACAUGCGCACUCACACUGGAGAUAGACCUUUUAAAUGCAAUGUCUGUGACAGAGCUUUCACUACAAAGGGGAACCUGAAGGUUCACAUGGGGACGCACAUGUGGGCAAACAACUCAUCAAGAAGGGGACUCAAUAUGGAAUUCAUGGACUCCCCUACUUUUAGAGUGGCUCAUCCUCCCUUACCUGGCGAAUUUCAACUGCUACGCCCUAAUCUUUUCUUUCCGCCUCUGUCGCCUCUUUACAUGAAAGGAUUAAUCAAGCCCAGCAUGAAUCAAAUAUCGGUGAUCCACAGCUCGGUCAAUAUGCAAACCAACUGUCCGCCUGUGGGCCAUCAGUCAGCAAGUAAACCACAAACAAGCUCUGAAACUUUGGAUGGUACUCAGGGGCAGGAAGUUUGUUCUUCUCAGAAAUCAGAAUCAGAUUGUCCUUCUGAAAAGUCCCAAACAAACUGUAGCCCCGCGGGGCCACAAGUAAUUCGUCCUCUUCAGGAAUCAAAUUCUAGUUGUUCUGAAAAGUCUCAAACAGGUCGUCCUCCUUCUCCUGAGAUGUCACGAGCAAAAUGUCACUCUGAGAAUCUCCAAACAGGACCUUCUGCCACGGAGUCUGAAGGGCAGAUUCACUGUCAUCUGGAAGUCAAAUCGUCUUCCGAUUUACACUCCUCAGAAAUAAAACAACAGAAAGAGCUCUGUGGUGAAGAGUUAAAAAACUACAACUUUUCAUUGGUUCCGAUCUUGAAAUCCACAAGAUCAGAGACCGACAAGAUAAACUGAAUAGUACUACGCAUGCCCAUUAGAUGUGAAUCGCUUCACUUUCAAAAAGAGGGGGUAAAGAGAUACAUGCACAUAUUUCUCUCACGGUCUCUUAGAAACAGGCCGGUUUUUGUGGUUCCUAUUGCGAAACUAGUCCAAUAUGGAAACAAAGAAUACACACAAUUUACCUGAUCCUGUUUAGUUAAACAUUCUCCACUCUUGAACAACUUCAUACCGAAACGUUUUGAUAUACUUAGGACAUUUUCAUAAAAAUAUGUUUUCAAAUGAAAUGGAAAAAAAACAACUGUUUACGUGAAGUAUCUUAGGAAUAUAGAAGUUAAAAAAUGGGACGAGAAAUAGGAUUCCCCCUUUUUUUUGUUUAAAGCAAAAGUGCGUAAUGAGCUAUCUGCGUUCUGUCCACCGCGGGGAGUCGAACCCCGGAUUUUAUAGUAAUAAUUUCGUAAACUUGCCGCUGACCUAAUGGGAACGGGAGAGGGAUAUGUUUUGGAUUAUUUAGGCAGAUAAAUUCCAGUUCAACUUGGCGUUUCAUGUUUGCGUUCAGCUUAGACUGAAGUUGUGCUUAACGUUGUACAUAAUAUCGUGUUACCGUGAAAACAGUUAAUUUAGGUAUACUAAAAACGGUUCUUGGUAAGUCUAACCAAACUAAUCCUGGACGUAAGAGAUUGCUGGUUAGAAAAAUAAGUUCA